AUGGCUUGUGAAAAGUUGGAGACUUUAAAGAAGCCGCAAAAACGAAUCGUUUUCCAAGGAAUGCACGCCUCCGACUCACACAUUGCAAGCAGUAUGCCUUUUGCGCAAAGAUGGCAUCAAGAGGGUCACUACAUUGAAUUUCUCGAAACACACGAGAAACCGGAGAGUUACAACUAUCCAGCCGGCAUCAAUCACACGUAUAUUCAGCUGAAAAGCGAUGUUUCUUAUACAGAAGUUUUGCGCGCCGUUUGGAGUCAUUAUUUUGGAGCGUCAACCUUUGCGUCAAUUUAUAUGGUUGGCGAGAUGGCUCUACAAAAAUGCUUUAUUGAACAUAAAGAAGAGAUGAAUAAGUUUUUAGAGAAAGAUUUCGAUUUACUGGUGAUCGACGAGUUGUUCUCUAUCCUCGGAUUUGGAUUGGCGUUGAAGAGGAAAGCUGAAGGAAUUCCAUACGUGACGAUAGCUUCGUGUGCAAGCACUCAUGUCAUGACGCAUCACUUGGCUUUAGGAAACAACUUCAUAGGUCGUCCGGCCUAUUUCUCAAUUCCAAGCGCUCGCUUUGAGCCGAAAAGCUUUUGGAGCCGCGUGAACACUUUCAGAGAAUCAUUAGCCGAUUUCAUUCUUGUUCACAUGAAUAUCCAUUUCCAUGCUCAAAAUGGAGUGAAACAUUUGGGCCUCGACGGGCUUCAAAUGGCUGAAGUGGCAAAGAAGGCUUCAUUCUAUUUGUAUGAGGAGCUGACAAUGUUCAACUUUCCGCAACCAGUUGGUACAGAGACUCUUCAUGUUGGUUUUCAUUGUCCCAAGUUUGGUGAGCUUAAAGGAGACUAUUUGGAGCAUGUGAACCAUCCAGGAUCACAGGGAACAAUUCUGAUCGCUUUUGGAACGAAUGUGAAAUGGGAGUUCGCUCCAAUUGAAACGAUAAAAACCUUUGUUGACGCUGUGAACGAUUUAACCGAAUUUCGAAUCAUUUGGACGUACACUGGUGAUGCUGAACAUGUGAAAGACGUGAAAUCUCAUGUUCGGAUCACAAAAUGGGCUCCACAAAAGGAGAUUCUCAUUCAUCCAAAGACUGUCGCUUUCGUGUCACAUGGUGGAAUGAAGAGUGUAAAAGACACGAUUUGUGCGGGAGUUCCUGUGGUGUUCAUGCCGAUUUUGGCCGAACAGACGCUGAACGCGGAGAUGUGUCGACAAGCAGGCUUUGGCUUCACCUUGGAAAAGGACAAGUUGACGCCGGAGAUUCUUCGAAAAGCUUUAAAAACGGCAACAACUGAAAGCUAUAAACAAGCGAUGACUCGUUUCCUCCUUCAAAGC